CUCGCGCCAGUGUCGGAUCCUCGUUCAAACAGGCGCGCUGUUUCCUCUCCAGCUCAGCUCAGCUCAGUUCAGUUCAGUUCUCCAGCGCAGCCACCGGCUCACCAGCCCAAGUUUACGCACAGGGAUGCGAGCGCGUGGAGCCGCCUGAAAAUGGCUCUCUGUAGGAUUUACUUUAUCCUUGCUCAUUUUCAUAUAUUUGUGUUGUGUCAAGCCUUGAGGAAUUAUCCAGAUAAUGAAGUUACUCUACUCGACUCCAUGUCUACCCCAGGUGAUCUGGGUUGGGAAGCAUAUCCACCAGAGGGGUGGGAGGAGAUCAGUGUUAUGGAUGAGAGGAACAUUCCUAUGAGGACGUAUCAGGUGUGCAAUGUCAUGGAAGCCAAUCAGAACAACUGGUUGCGCACUGGACUGAUCCAGCGAGAAGGUGCGCAGCGUGUCUACGUGGAGAUCAAAUUCACCCUGCGUGACUGCAACAGCCUUCCAGGAGUGCCUGGAACCUGUAAGGAGACAUUUAACGUGUACUAUCACGAAUCCAACAAUGCCGUCGCUGCACCUUUGCGCCACAUUCGAGAGAGCCAGUAUGUCAAGAUUGACACUAUAGCAGCUGACGAGAGCUUUACGCAGACCGAUGUUGGGGAUCGUGUCAUGAAGUUGAAUACGGAAGUGCGAGACAUCAGUGGUCUUAGUAAGAGGGGCUUGUACCUGGCAUUUCAAGACCUGGGCGCUUGCAUUGCUCUGGUGUCGGUGAGAGUCUUUUAUAAGCGCUGUCCUCUGGCGGUGCUCAAUCUGGCCCGGUUCCCGGACACGGUGACGGGAGGCGAUUCAGCGCUGGUGGAAGUGCGUGGUACUUGUGUGGAGGAUGCGGAAGAGCUCGAAGCACCACGGAUGUUUUGCAGUGCCGAUGGAGGUUGGCUGGUGCCCAUCGGCCGCUGUGUGUGCCGGCCAGGCUUCGAGGAGGUAGAUGGACACUGCCAACCAUGUCGUUCAGGUUUCUACAAGGCCUCCGCUAUGGAUGCGUACUGCGUGAAGUGCCCCCCACACAGCUACUCUCACCAGGACAAGGCCUCAGAGUGUGUGUGUGAGAGAGGCUUCUACAGGGCCAAAUCAGACCCUCGCUCCAUGGCAUGCACGAGACCACCUUCGGCACCCGGCAAUCCUAUUUCCAUGGUGAACGAGACUGCAGUCAAUCUAGAAUGGAGUCCUCCUCGUGAAAGUGGGGGACGUGGAGAUGUCACCUACAGUGUCCACUGCAGGAAGUGCUCUGGAGAAGCAGGGGCUGGGGAAGACCGUGAGAGGUGUGUACCCUGUGGCAGCGGUCCGCAUUUCAACCCCAGGCAGUUUGGCUUGAUGCACCCCAGAGUUCUUGUCACAGAACUGCAGCCUCACAACAAUUACACCUUCAGCAUCGAAGCCCUUAACGGAGUGUCAGACCUCAGCCCCAGUCCACGUCAACUAGUGUCCGUCAACGUCACCACCAGCCAGACAGUGAGCGUCAUCUUAAAGGAAAGGAAGGGCACCGACAGUGUAACGCUGGCAUGGCAGGGUCCAGAACCUGCCGAUGGGACUGUGGUGGAAUAUGAAGUCACCUAUUAUGAAAAGAACCAGCAGGAUCCGAACUACACUGUGCUGAAGACCAAAUCCAACAGUAUGACUGUGGAUGGACUCAAGCCAGGGACCACAUACAUCUUCCGGAUUCGAGCCCGUACGGAUGGAGGCUAUGGGAACUACAGGGGAGAGAUUGAGUUGGAGACAAGCCAUGAAGAUAUGCUGGCUGUUGGAGAUCCCAACCAGCAAACCAUACUGGCCAUCUCUGUGGCAGGCGGAGCGGUGCUUCUGGUGUUGCUGGUGGCCUGUUUUGUUGUGAGUGGAUGGCGCUGUGGAUAUAUUAAAGCAAAGCAAGACCCAGAGGAAGAGAAAAUGCAGUUUCAGCAUGGACGAGUCAAACUUCCCGAAACCCGCACAUACAUUCACCCGCAUACGUACGAGGACCCCAACCAGGCGGUGCGAGACUUCGCCAAAGAGAUCGAAGUUUCCAACAUAAGGAUUGAAAGAGUUAUUGGGGCCGGUGAGUUUGGAGAGGUCUGCAGUGGCCGUCUGAGGCUGCCCAGUAAGAGGGAGAUCCAGGUGGCCAUCAAGAGUCUGAAAGCCGGAUAUUCAGAGCAACAGAGACGUGACUUUCUGAGUGAGGCUAGCAUCAUGGGCCAAUUCGACCAUCCCAACAUCAUUCGACUGGAGGGAGUCGUCACCAGAUGUAAGCCUGUGAUGAUAGUGACAGAGUACAUGGAAAAUGGAUCUCUGGACACUUUUUUGAAGAAACAUGAUGGGCAGUUCACGGUGAUCCAGCUGGUGGGAAUGAUGCGUGGGAUAGCUGCGGGGAUGCAGUACCUCUCAGAGAUGAACUAUGUGCACCGGGAUUUGGCAGCACGGAACAUUCUGGUGAACGGAAACCUGGUGUGUAAAGUGUCUGACUUCGGGCUGUCGCGUGUGUUAGAGGACGAUCCCGAGGCGGCAUACACUACACGGGGGGGUAAGAUACCCAUUCGAUGGACAGCCCCUGAGGCCAUAACCUACAGGAAGUUCACUUCAGCCAGUGAUGUGUGGAGUUAUGGCAUUGUUAUGUGGGAGGUGAUAUCCUAUGGGGAACGACCGUAUUGGGAAAUGUCCAAUCAGGACGUGAUAAAAGCUGUAGAUGAAGGCUACAGACUACCAGCUCCAAUGGACUGUCCGGUGGUGCUUCACCAGCUCAUGCUAGACUGCUGGGAAAAGAACCGCAGUGAUCGGCCAAAAUUCGGGCAGAUUGUCAGUACCCUGGACAGGCUGAUCCGGAACCCAAGCAGCAUGAAGCAGCUGGCCAACACUGCAGUCUGGGAGGACCCAGUGACUCCUGAGGCGGGAGUCAGCAUGGUGGAAGACUGGCUGGACUUGAUUAAAAUGGGUCAGUACAAAGAACACUUUUCCAGCGCCGGCUAUGUCACCUUGGACUCAGUUUUGUACGUCAGCACCAGUGAACUGGAUAAGAUGGGCGUAGCACUGGCGGGCCAUCAGAAAAAGAUCUUGUCUAGUAUCCAGUGCCUUCAGGCACACCACGGGACACAGGUUCAGCACUGAAGUUCAUCAGCCCUACAGGAGAAUGGGCUGGUACCUUCCCCUUUGUGAUCAGCAUCCAGAAAGGCAGUAGAUCGCUGCGGAUGUCUGAGAUUGUGGACUGUGACUAUCUAUCGAUCCAAGUGAAGUAAGGACAAGAAUCAACACCAUGUGACAUCACAGCACUGUGAACAUCACGCUUCACUCCUCUUUGUACAGAAGACCUUGAGAAGAAACACCGACUGUGUCUUGUGAAUCUAUCAACUGUUCUGAGAGCGAUACUAGUAGGAUCUUCUUCAAUUAAUGUGAACUGCGGGGAUGAGGAAAGCUUCAGCGAGAUGUCCUUGCAUCUUGUGUAUGUGGAAAUAUUUUUGAAACGUUCAGCUUCGUCUUUAGGACGCAAUGAAGCACUGACCUCUCUUUCGCACAUACGCACACAUUUAAACGCAACAUAGAAGGGCCCCUCCU